AGCGGUUUUCAUUUUGUGCUUCCUUCAACUGGUUGCUCAACAAGAAACUGUGCUGACCGUCCGGAGAAGAAGACUCUGCGAUCGUUGCCGCGGAGUUUUCCUCUCGUGGAAAUGGACGACGAGGUGGUUCAGCGAGUGCUCCAGGAAGGAGGCCGCGAGUUUCUCAGACAGUCUCCUACGACUUCUUCGUCUUCCUCCUCCAUACUUCAAUCCCUCCCUCUCCAUGUGUCCUUCGAUCAUGGAUAUUACUUGCUUGUGAAAUCGGUUCAAGAACUUCGGGAGAAGAAAGGCGGUGUAGUUACUGUCGGUAUCGGCGGUCCUAGUGGUUCCGGCAAGUCGAGCUUAGCUGAAAAGGUGGCGUCCGUCAUAGGGUGUAUUGUUGUAUCGAUGGAGAAUUACCGGAAUGGAGUUGAUGAUGCGAAUGGUGUGGAUGCUAUCGAUUUUGACGCAUUGGUUCAUAACCUGGAGGAUUUGACGCUGGGGAAGGACACUUUCAUACCUUUGUUUGAUUAUCAACGAAAAAAGCGGGUUGGUUCAAAAGCAAUAAAGAGUACUGCAUCUGGUGUGGUAAUAGUUGAUGGUACUUAUGCUCUACAUGCAAGAUUGCGGUCUCUACUGGAUAUCCGGGUGGCUGUGGUUGGUGGAGUUCAUUUUAGUCUUCUUUCCAAGGUUCGCUAUGAUAUUGGAGAUUCUUGCUCGUUGGAUUACCUUAUUGACAGCAUUUUCCCAAUGUUUAGAAAGCAUAUAGAACCAGAUCUUCAUCAUGCACAGAUUCGGAUAAACAACAGUUUUGUCUCGUCAUUUCGAGAAGCAAUCUACAAGCUGAAGUGUAGAAGUGAGUCAUCAGGUGCAUCUGCUUAUGCAUUUCACGGAACUGAAACACAAACAGACAAUUUCAUAGAGAUGUACCUUAGGCCUCCUGCAGCAAGUGAAGAAGCCCACGUAAAUGAUUGGAUUAAAGUGCGACAGUCUGGUAUUAGAUACUAUCUGUCUCUUGGAGAUCAGAGGAUUGUUGACAAAAACUUCAUUAUCCGGCCUAAAGCUGAGUUUGAGGUUGGAAGAAUGACCCUUGGUGGAUUGCUGGAUUUGGGGUACAAUGUUGUUGUCAGUUAUAAACGAGCAUCGACAUCUGUUACUAAUGGCUUUCUUUCAAUAUCACUGGAGACUAUUGAUUCUCUUGGUGAGACAUUCUUUGUCUUGCGAGGAACUACUAGGAAGGCUGUUGGAGCAGAAGCGCUGAAAAUUGGUGUUAAUGGACCGUGGAUCACUAAGUCAUAUCUUGAAAUGAUUCUUGAGAGAAAAGGUGUACCUCGGUUGAAUACUCCGCCGCCAUUAUCUGCCACUGCUACAACUAGCGGGCAGGAAAGGACGAUUGUAGCGCCAAAGCCAAUUCGUACCACUCCAAACCUCGUUAAUCGUCUUGAGGAUCUAUCUCAACCAUGGACACGGUCCCCAACCAAAUCUCAAAUGGAACCUGUGAUAGCAACAUGGCACUUCAUAUCAAGUGAUCCUCUUCAUUCUAGUCAACCAGGAGUAGUAGACUUCUCUCAUGAAGCAACCACAGAUUCCUCCUCUUUCAGGAAAACGAUGAAGCUUGCUCCAAUGCCGGACUCAUAUGACCUGGACAGAGGGUUGCUUCUUGCUGUUCAAGCAAUACAGGCUUUGAUGGAGAAUAUGGGAACCCCAGUCAUUGUUGGAAUUGGUGGUCCUAGUGGAUCUGGGAAAACUAGCUUGGCUCAUAAAAUGGCAAAUAUUGUUGGCUGUGAAGUAGUAUCGCUUGAAAGCUAUUUCAUAUCUGAACAUGUUAAGGAUUUUAAGUAUGAUGAUUUUAACUCCCUUGAUCUACCUCUGCUUUUGAAGAACAUUGAUGACAUAAGCAAUGGCCAAAAAACAACAGUACCCAUAUUUGAUUUGGAGACUGGUGCCCGUAGUGGAUUCAAAGACCUUGAAGUAUCUGAAGAUUGUGGCGUGGUCAUCUUUGAAGGGGUCUAUGCAUUGCAUCCUGAGAUAAGGAAGUCGUUGGACUUGUGGAUUGCUGUUAUUGGGGGUGUCAAUUCGCAUCUCAUCUCUCGAGUUCAGAGAGACAAAAGCAAAGUCGGGUGUUUUAUGUCGCAAAAUGAGAUCAUGAUGGCAGUGUUCCCAAUGUUCCAGCAGUAUAUCGAACCUCAUCUUGUUCAUGCACAUCUGAAAAUAAGGAAUGAUUUUGACCCUGUGCUUUCACCAGAGAGCUCAUUGUUUGUUCUGAAGAGUAAUAAACAAGUCAGCUACCAAGAUAUAAUGAAAAUUCUCGAACCGGCAAAGUUCUUCAGUUCUAUUCAGAAUUUCAUUGAUAUAUAUUUAAGGCUUCCUGGAAUUCCAAGUAAUGGGAUGCUGACUGAGGGUGAAUGUGUACGCGUUAGAAUUUGCGAAGGAAGAUUUGCAUUGUUGAUAAGAGAGCCCAUUAGAGAAGGGAAUUUCAUCAUCCAACCCAAAGUGGAUUUUGAUAUUAGCAUUAGUACUGUUGCUGGCCUUCUCAAUCUUGGGUACCAAGCUGUAGCUUAUAUUGAAGCGUCUGCAUUUAUUUACCAAGAUGGAAAGAUUCUUAUUGAGGUCGAUCACCUACAAGAUGCUCCAAGUCCUUACCUACAAAUAAAAGGGGUUAACAAAGAAGUGGUCGCUGCUGCCGGCUCAACCCUUAAGCUCGAUGGUUCAUAUACUACUAAGAGUUAUCUCCAAAUUGUGCUAGAAAAUCUUCCGGCCGAUCAAAGUUCCAAUGGUGUCCACAGUCACCAAGCUUCAAGAUUGCAGGAGUUAGUUGAAUUCAUACAGUCUCAGGGAAGCAGCACCAGUACAGCUUCAGAGUCAUCCCCAUAUAGGGAUGCAGCGGCUCCAAUCGAAAGCGUUAUUGAAGACAUGCAGUCAAGAAUCAAGAGGCUCGAAAGAUGGAACAUAAUUAACACGGUCCUAUGGACUUUCCUGAUGUCUGCCCUUGUAGGGUACUCACUUUACCAGAAGAAGCGGCAAUGAGAGCCCCCUGCCUAGCUUACCUAUAUCUCCAGCCCUAAGCUGCAGAGAAUGAACGAAGGGCCAGAUCUCGUCCAGGUAAACGAUGAAUCGACUAGCGCCUGAUUGGCCAAAACUUCCUAACCUAUACAGCUCUCACAUACUCCUGAGGGUUCCCAAUUUUAUUUCUUAUGGGUGAGGUUUCUCAAUGAAUUCGAUAUACCCUCCCACCCUCCUGGGGAACUUUACAAAUCGAUUCCCCCCUUUUUCUCCAGUUCAUUGACAGACUCGCAGCUCUUUUGUACAGUUCAUCCGCUCUGAAAAAAAUAAUACACAGCUGGUAAAAAUGGUGUUAGAUACCAAAACUGAGCUCUUCUUUUAUUGCUCCCAUGAGUCUUCUUCACGUCAUCUUUAAUACGGUGGUUAUAAAUGGUUCAUUCUAUGAAAUGAGACAAUUGAUCUAAUCGUCUCGUUCGACCCCAAAAGAGAAUGUACACGAAGAUUACUUCAUCAUGAGAAAUGCUUGUCUCAACCAUAACUUUAUGGGGUUGGCAAUUUGACGUAGUACUGAUGUAAAUGUAGCUAUGAGAACGUCCAUUUGUUCGGAUUUUAAAGAAGAUCAAUGACUUAACAAAACUAGCACAAGUAAAAAUUAAUUAAGUAGUUACAGCUUUAGCACUAGCUAGAAUCGCAAACCAGAAAGAAUCGUAAGAAAGAAAGAGAACCUAUAUGGGCCGGAAUCAGAUUGCAUUCCUCUCAUAUUCAUUCGGUCUAUGGAACAGCAGUUCUUGCACUGGCACUUUAUGAUUUCACAGCAACCUACUGAGGGACUUGAUAAGUGCUUUCAAAUUUCGCCUAGUUGCCUCGUCGCCAGUGAAUCCCAGAAUGUCAGAGCUUAUGUUCUGAACGUUCUUCAAAGUGAAAAUGAGGCUAUAAAUUGAUCUUUGAAUUAACUCGGUGUUCUCAGGCGUUAAAAUUGACGUAUGCGCCUUUCUUAAAUCGUCAGAAGCUUGAUUAAGGCUUCUAGUUAAAGCCUCAACUUCCUUCACCAGGCCGGUUUCACGGACUUCAGCCAACAAAGGCUUGACAUCUUCUGCCAUGGCUUUGAUCUGAGACAUCACUACAUCAGAACAAAAGUGUGCAUUAUUAUAUAUCUAAGCUUUAAAUACAUCCAAGGGUAGGAUAAGAGAUAAGAAGGGCAGUCCAUGCCUUUACAAGCAGUGGUUGUGCCUCUUCAAUAACAGCAGCCACACGCUCAGCCAGUGAAAAAGUAUUGGCAACACCGAUUUCUUCCAUCUCACGUCCAAUACGAGUGUAUAUCCCGACCAGUGCAUCCAAACUUACUCCUUGAUGUCCCUUUAACCUCUGUCUAUCACAAACAAUAAGGCCUUCUUUGACACAGUCAGAAUCAAGAGGUCCUUUCAAGGGUGUUGGAAUAGGGUCACGAGGGGUAAUAUCGAUCAUGGUUUCCAUAAGGAGACCAGACUGAUUAACCUCAACCAGUGAAUUCCUCGGUAUGAUUAUUUUAUAGUCUUCAACCUCCACUACUGCUUCGAUACUUCUCAAGGAAGGGUUAACUUUAACGACAUUGCCAACAGUCACCCCUCUAAUCCUAACAGGUGUCCCGGUGCAAAUACCGUAAGCCUGAGAAAACUCUAAUACAGCCUGGUACUUCCUGAAUUUAGACCGAAGCUGAAACCCUCUCAACCAAGCCAGACUGAGUGCGAGAAGCACUGCACCUGAUACAAGAAACAAUCCCACCCCACCUUCCCAAAUGCUCCUCCUGCCAAACCCGAAAUCACUUAGCGGUUUAAGUGUUUGUCUCCACAGAGUUUUGGGGACCUCCAAAACAACUGACAGUGGGCUUUUAGUACUGGAAGAUGUAAGAGGCUGGUCGUGUCCUGUGUCUGAACUCAUAGCCCUUAUCAGUGGCAUCCUCUUUCGAGACUUCAGGGGAGAAAAAGGCAUAAGGUUGGAGGAACAAUGGGGGACAACCACCAUGGAUGAAGACAACAUGGUGGAGCAAACUGUAGCUGUGGAUGAAGACGACAUAGUGGACGAAACCAUAGAAAUCAGGGUUCAAUUGGAAAAAUUUGACCGGAGAGUUAACUCCGUCCUUUGGGCUUCCUUUGGUUUAAACGGUUCAAGUUAAACCUG